GUAAUCGGGGCCAGCGUAUUUAAAGGUUCAAACAGGAAGCCCUAGAAUGUAGGCUUGGUCACACCCGCCCCUCUUCCGGUUUCACUAUAGUCCAGGUAAGCGACGGAGGUUAUGCACAACUUUGUGUGGUUCUAAAGUGUUUAGACUGUUUUAUCUUUUGAAGGAUCGCUGUAACCGGUUCGGCUGCGUACCCUGGGAGUUGCGUCGAGCACUCAUAGAAAGCUUUGAGUGGAACAUUCGUGAGUGCAUCCUGACAUCGUGAUCCGUGAUGUGUGUGUGAUUCUCGUGUGGUAUGUAUGAUUUAGGAAUGUUUUGUAUUUGUUGAUUGGAGUAGAUCCUCGUCUGAUUGUUAUGUUUUGUUUUGCAGUGUACCACGUGGUUUAAUUCAGGUCGUGCUGCUGUUUUUCUUAGACUAGAUUAUUCCCUUUCUUUUUCGUGAACCAUUAUUUUGUUAGGUUUUCGUGGCUUUAAUAGUCGCUGUGUGUUUUUGGAGUUCAUUUUAUGGUUUGGUUUAUUUUUCUAUUUCUGUAAUAGAGUUGGACUGAUCAGUGUGACUUGGGCCUUAGUGCCGUGUGGUGUUAUAUUAGUGUCUAUCUAACGGUCAUCCACUGAGUAUUUUGGGGUCCUCACUGCCGAUGAGGUAGGACAGAUUAUUUAUCAUUUGUGCACCACCUGAUCUGGUCAACCAUUAUAUGUGUGUCUGAUGUGAUUGCUGUGAUUAUUUUGUAUUUGUAUCUUCCCUACUAAUCUUGCUUUUUGUUUCUUUUUUUUUUUGUUUCGAGUCAAGGCUGAGUGCGCCGAGGGGGAGGCUAGUCACCUGGGUGAACACAUUUGCCGUGAGGUUGAAGCACCAGGGUUUGAGCACCUCUUCAUAUGUAGUUUGCCGUGCACACAUAAAUGGUUGAGAGCACAAUUGUUUACAGCUAGCUUGCCACCCCUAACGUAAGCUUUAGCCUUGCAGUUAUAUUCUUUUUGUAGUAAUUAUUUUCUUUGUUUUUUAUUUUGUGGGGACGGUACAUACAUUGUUUUGUUUGUUAUGUUUGGUUUAAUGUGAUUCAGUAUUUAAGGAUCAGCGAGGUCUGGAGGAAUGUUCUUUUAACAUUUGAUAUAUUCUGUAUUGUUAUAAUAAACUUGCCAGUGAUUUAUAUUACGAACAAAUGGUGCUAGUGGGAUGUUUUCCUUUUAAAUAAAACCAUUCAUUCAUUGGAUGAAGCGACUCUGUCUUUUCUCUGCACCAACGAACCUGGGUCCUUUUUAUAUUUCCUUGGGUGUAAUUCCCAGGGUGGCGUAGUCCGUGCUAUCUGGAUUUAGUUAGACUAAAAAUCAUACCGCCCUCGUCACAAACUGGCGUAGUCGGCAGGAUUGUUGCAUUGUAAAAGCAGAGACGUGGAUUCUGUAAUCUCAUAUUGAUCAUUUUGUUUGAAGUUAAUUCCUUUUUUUCUUUUCUUUUUUUGAGUAUUGAAAAACAGCAGCCGACUCUGACUCUGAGGUGACGCCCAAGCCCUGGACUGAUCGAGGUCCCUUCUGAACGAACGCCUUCCCUGGGUUUUCUCUGUGUAGUUUUGCUUUGUUGUUUUUUUUUGUUUUGUUUUUGUUCUGUUUUUCAGUCAUGGAGGAUGAACUGAUACAACUUAGAGACAUGGUGCUACAACUAAGAGCCGAAAAUGAACGUCUGCGCCAGGAGCCGGCGGCAACUGGGUCAACGGAUUCUAUUCCGGCCCUUUGUGACAAUACUGCGGCAAGGCCAUCUGCAAAUAUGGCUGCGGAAGGUACUAUAACUGCUACGGAGAGACUUGUUCUUAUCCCACGGGAUAGAAAGUGCCCUAUGUUCCGAGGCAACUCUGGUAUGAAUAUUGACGAGUGGGUCGAGGAGGCACGUGCAUGUAUGCGAGCCCGUCAUUUGGCUCCUGUUGAUCAAGCUUUUUUUUUGGUUGAUCACUUAGAAGGUGAGGCCAGGGAUGAAAUUAAAUAUCGUUCAGAUGCAGAGCGGGGAGACCCGGAAAUCAUUAUUAAGAUCUUGCAAGAACUAUAUGGCUGUUGUCAAUCAUAUGUUGCAUUGCAGGAGGCUUUCUUUUCCAGGAAACAGCAAGAGGGGGAGAGUCUUCAUGAGUUUUCUUUGGCUCUGAUGCGUCUUUUGGACCUGGUAAAACGUGUUGCACCAGCGGGCACGUUGAACUUUGAGGUGCUAUUACGAGACCAAUUUAUUGAGUAUGUUUCCGACUGUUCACUCCGCCGAGAGUUAAAGCAACUAGUGCGUCGCCAGCCAGCAGUUACCCUGUUGGAUGUCAGAGGGGAAGCUAUUAGGUGGGAGCGGGAGGGCCUGCCUGGGGGGCAUAGGGGUCGUAGUCACUCUGUUCCAUCUGUCUAUGGCCUUCAGUAUGGGGUUCAGGGGGGUUCCUCUACCAUGUUGGGUAAUGGUGCAUUAGGAGCAGAACUGGGGGAUCUUAAAGCUAUUCUGAAACAACAACAAGAUCAGCUUAAUCAGUUAACCCAAAGUAUCGCUCUACUUCAGAACAACCAGAGGCAUGUUAGACCGCUCCGUGAUGGCCCUGUAAUUUGUAGGAGAUGUCAGCGUCCGGGGCACUUUGCAAGGGAUUGUGACGGUGCAAGGGUUCCUUUUCGCUCCCGGUCUCACUCUGUAGCUUUACCUUCCCCCUCUAGUACUGGACCAUUUCCCUCCCAACAGGGGUCGGAAAACUAAUGCCCACCGAACCGUUGAGCCACAGCUCGGGUGGGGCCCUUAUAGGCUCUUGUGUUGUAGGUAGCGUGAGUACCGCAGCCAAUUUAAUGUCCUCCUGCCCCCAUAUAGACAUUCUUAUGGGUGGACAUAAGGUGUCCUGUUUAUUGGACACCGGUUCUAUGGUGUCCACAGUUACCGAGAGUUUCUUUUUUCAACACUUUAAGACAGGGAGUUUACAGGCUUGCCGUUGGCUUCAGCUGAAGGCUGCUAAUGGGUUGGCUAUUCCUUAUUUGGGCUAUCUAGAAUUGGAUGUUUUCUUGUGUGGUAGGGUUAUACCUGGUUGUGGCGUGCUUGUAGUAAAGGACCCACCUGGUGGUGCUAGUGUCCCAGGGGUUCUUGGGAUGAAUGUAAUUAGCAAAUGCUACGAACUUUUGUUUUUUCAACAUGGGCCUGCUUUAUUCGAGUUACCAACCGUGUCUCAGGCACCUGGUCAUGUGUUCCAAGCCUUGCAACAGUGUUAUCAGGCAGGUGUUGAGCCCCCCCCUGAUGUGAAGAAUGUUGUUAAGCUAAGUCAGGGGAGGGUUCAGCGUAUUCCGGGGGGUGUGACCAAGUUUGUCAGGGCAACAUGUUCAGAUCACUUAUCUGGUAGUACCGCCUUAUUUGAGCCUCUCGACUCUGGCCUACCUGGUGGGUUGUUGGCAUCUCCUUCGUUAGUCCAGGUGUUUGGGGGUACAGUUUACGUUCCUGUGGUAAAUGUUGGCACUUCCGAUGUCUUGCUUUACGCUCGUACCCAGUUAGGCUAUUUGCACGGGGUGGAUGUGGUCAGUUUGCCUAAGGGCGUAGCUGAGUUGAGGGCUAUUGAAGUCGCUGGUUCAUCUCCCAGCUCAGUUCGGAGCCAAAUAGAUGCCCUUGAUUUAUCCGAUCUUAGUAGGGAGGAGGCCCAACGGGUUAGGACAUUGCUGGUUGAGUACCAGGCUGUGUUCUCAGCUCAUGAGGGGGAUUUGGGCUGUACCAGCCUUAUAUCCCAUGAAAUCCCCCUGUUAGAUGAUGUCCCUGUCCGGCAACGUUAUAGGCGGUUGCCCCCAUCUGAGUAUGAGGUUGUCAAAGCCCAUAUCAAUCAACUUCUUGAGGCGCAGAUCAUUAGGGAGAGCUGCAGUCCCUAUGCGUCCCCCAUUGUUCUGGUGCGGAAAAAAGAUGGUAGCCUUCGCCUCUGCGUGGAAUACCGCCAAUUAAAUCAAAAGACUCGUAAAGAUGCUUUUCCGUUACCACGCAUUGAAGAAUCGUUGGACGCUCUGUCCGGGGCCAAUUGGUUUUCUACUCUCGAUUUAGUCAGCGGCUACAAUCAAGUUCCUGUUGCCGAGAAGGACAAAGCUAAGACAGCCUUUUGUACUCCUUUUGGAUUAUUCGAGUUUAACCGUAUGCCUUUCGGCCUUUGCAACGCCCCAAGCACAUUCCAGCGCCUCAUGCAACGUUUGUUUGGGGAACAGCAUUGCCAAUCUCUGUUACUUUACCUGGAUGAUGUUGUGGUCUUCUCUUCUUCCAUUUCACAGCAUCUGGAGCGAUUAGAGGGAGUGUUAGAGGGAGUCGCUGGUUCAUCUCCCAGCUCAGUUCGGAGCCAAAUAGAUGCCCUUGAUUUAUCCGAUCUUAGUAGGGAGGAGGCCCAACGGGUUAGGACAUUGCUGGUUGAGUACCAGGCUGUGUUCUCAGCUCAUGAGGGGGAUUUGGGCUGUACCAGCCUUAUAUCCCAUGAAAUCCCCCUGUUAGAUGAUGUCCCUGUCCGGCAACGUUAUAGGCGGUUGCCCCCAUCUGAGUAUGAGGUUGUCAAAGCCCAUAUCAAUCAACUUCUUGAGGCGCAGAUCAUUAGGGAGAGCUGCAGUCCCUAUGCGUCCCCCAUUGUUCUGGUGCGGAAAAAAGAUGGUAGCCUUCGCCUCUGCGUGGACUACCGCCAAUUAAAUCAAAAGACUCGUAAAGAUGCUUUUCCGUUACCACGCAUUGAAGAAUCGUUGGACGCUCUGUCCGGGGCCAAUUGGUUUUCUACUCUCGAUUUAGUCAGCGGCUACAAUCAAGUUCCUGUUGCCGAGAAGGACAAAGCUAAGACAGCCUUUUGUACUCCUUUUGGAUUAUUCGAGUUUAACCGUAUGCCUUUCGGCCUUUGCAACGCCCCAAGCACAUUCCAGCGCCUCAUGCAACGUUUGUUUGGGGAACAGCAUUGCCAAUCUCUGUUACUUUACCUGGAUGAUGUUGUGGUCUUCUCUUCUUCCAUUUCACAGCAUCUGGAGCGAUUAGAGGGAGUGUUAAGCCGACUGGGACAGGAAGGACUCAAAGCCAAGCUGGAGAAAUGUACCUUCUUUAAGCAGGAGGUUGGCUAUUUGGGACAUGUGAUCUCCAGCGCUGGCGUCUCCACGGAUCCUGGGAAAAUUGAAGCGGUAGCCCAGUGGCGACGUCCAACCCAGGUGGCGGAGCUGCGUUCGUUCCUUGGCUUCACCAGCUACUACCGUCGCUUUGUGGAGGGCUUUGCGAAAAUGGCCGCACCCCUACAUAAGUUAGUAGCGGAGUUGGUUGGUACGAAGGCUCGGAAAAGGACCGGACGGGACUUCGCUGCGGCCUGGACAGAGGCCUGUGAGCAGAGCUUUGAAGGACUGAAAGCUAAACUCACCUCCACUCCAGUAUUGGCUUAUGCCAAUUUCGCAUUACCUUUCAUCCUGGAAGUUGAUGCUAGCCAUAGUGGCUUGGGGGCAGUUCUAUCACAGGAACAAGACGGAAAAGUCCGGCCUAUAGCCUAUGCAAGUCGUGGUCUUGCAAGAUGGUAG